AUGAUCAACCUGCUCGUCGUCCUAUUAGUCCUGUUCAUUCUGGCCCUCUUCCUCGUCGGCGGACUGCUGUUCAUGCGCGCACGGAGAAGAGCUCGCAAGGCAGCAGAGUUGCCAGUCUACGAAGAGAAGCGUCUUUCGACCUCGUCGUCUGUCUCUACACACCGCCGUGUCAUGGUUCGACCUUCAGAGUCGGUCUACGUCUACCAAGAGAAGCAAAAUCUCAUCGACAACUCCAAUAGCCCACCGCAGAGCCCGCAAGUACCCGAGAUCCACAUCACACUCCCAGAGGAGUACGAUGCUGCUGGCAAGCGACAAUCAGGCCGUGUGGUUGUGGUCCACGUUGGCGACAGCGGAGUUGGCAUGGAACCAGCAGAGGGCCUGCCAGCGUACGAGAAGGAGGAGGGCGGACGCUUCCAAUCGAUAGACCUCGAGAGAGUCGGCGGUCUGGUCGAAAAGGCGAGGAAUGCCCCCAGCAAGGAGUUCCAAUAA